UAAGAUUAGCAAUAUCCCUGAUGCUGCUUACUGCGCCCUCUACCGGUCAGACUGCUGAAUUGAUAGGAUCAGAACUCCCGGUACCAGCUCCAGAACAAGAACUCCCAGAGCCUCCGGAACUAGAGCCGUCGGAGGUUCCGGGAGCACCGGAAGCACCGGAAACACCAGAUGCCGUAGAACCAUUAGAAGCCCCGGAUGUUGAACUACCGGAAGAACCGUGCUUUUGUGGGAUACGAUGCUGUACCAGCCCUUUCGAACUGACACGGUCGCCUAAUCUGUUGAACUUCCAUCUACCGGAAGUCGCCAGUAUAUCGUGUUGUGGAUGUACGUCAUGUCCGGCUGAUUAUUUCAUUUUACCUGUUUCCCGCGCUUUUGUGUUUCAAAUGCUGAGUUCUUUAUCAUCAUUGAGGAUGCCAGGGUUAGCUGUAUCCGGUGAUGACUGAACACCCAAGUUUAAAUAAAUGAAAUAUUCGGUAAGAAUAUUUAUAGAUGGAAAUUCAUAUCGAAAAUCUUCCCGACAUGUAUGACACUCGGGACAGCGAUAGUUCAUCCACGUCUCUAUAUAUUGGAAAUGGUUCACUUUUCCGAACAGCUUCUAUGGCGCAGUCAUUAAUUUGGAGAACUAAAAUAACUGUUUUAUAUACGGUUAAUGAUAUAGUACAUCAUACCAAUUAUAUUGUUGAAAUUUCAACUCUGUAACGGUAUAAUCCUGUGUAAAUUGAUUUCAUGUUUUGGUACAGAUCACAUUUGGAUUAAACCGAUAUUUCAGAA